UUUGCCAGGACGCCAAUGACUGGUAGGGGGCGGGGCAUAAUUGUCGCGAGUGCUGAUUGGCUGGGAGGCAGUGCUGGUGGGUGUGCGGAGGUAGCCCUUCCCAUUCCUCUGGCUCUAACUAGAGAGAUGUCCAUAACCCGGCUGGGGAAGGUGGUACCCAAGACCAGCAUCCUUUUCUUGUGCGACAUGCAGGAGAAGUUCCGCCCCACAGUUGCCUACUUCCCCCAAAUCGUGGCAGUGGCUGCUCGGAUGCUGCAGGUAGCACAGACGCUGGAGGUACCAGUGGUGGUGACAGAGCAGUACCCCCAGGGCCUGGGUCCCACAGUGCCUGAGCUGGGUGCCCAAGCUCUACGCAAGAUCCCCAAGACCUGCUUUAGCAUGUUGGUGCCCGAGGUGGAGCGGGAGCUGGGUGCCCGGCCUGACUUGUGCUCUGUUCUCCUCUGUGGCAUUGAGACCCAGGCCUGCAUCAUGAGCACAGCACUGGACCUGUUGGAGCGUGGUCUGGAUGUGCACGUGGUGGCUGAUGCCUGCUCAUCCCGCAGCCAGCUGGACCGCCUGGUGGCCUUCACCCGCCUGAGGCAGAGUGGGGCCUUCCUCACCACCAGUGAAGGCCUCGUCCUGCAGCUGGUGCAGGAUGCUGCACAUCCCCACUUCCGCCAGAUCCAGAAAAUGAUUAAGGAGCCAGCACCUGACAGUGGCCUCUUGCCCUUCUUCCAGGCCCAGAACCCCCUGGGCAACUGAGCCUCUGCCUCAGCUACCCUAAGAGCAAGCAGGGGGCAAGCAGCAUCCCAAUAAAGACUGAAAAACUG